AUGGAUGUCGAAAUGCAUCUCGAAUCCAUGGGGCUUUCGAAAACAAUAAUUAGUAAAAAUGAAUGCACAAAUCAAGAACGUGCAAAGGCAAUGAUUUUCCUACGUCAUCAUAUUGACGAAGCCCUAAAAAUGGAGUAUUUAAUGGUGAAAGAUCCAUUUGAAUUAUGGACAAAUUUUAAAGAUCGAUUUGGACACUUGAAAUCUGUUAUAUUACCGAAAGCGAAACAUGCAUGGCAACACUUGCGAUUGCAAGAUUUUAAAACAGUUGCUGAUUAUAAUUCCAUGAUGUUCAAAAUCACGUCCCAAUUAAGAUUUUGUGGAGAAAAUAUUUCUGAUAGGGAUAUGUUGGAAAAAACAUUUACCACGUUUCAUGCCUCUAAUAUAGUUUUACAGCAACAAUAUCGAGAAAGGGGUUUUAAUAAAUAUUGUGAUCUUAUUACUUGUCUACUUGUUGCUGAACAGAAUAACGAAUUAUUGUUAAAAAAUCACGAAUCGAGGCCAACUGGUGCGAGUUCAUUCCCUGAAGUGAAUGCGAUUCAGUGUUUAAAUAAUAUGCCUAGAUUCUACCGCGGACGAGGUCGCGGACAAGGCAGUGGACGUGGAUUUAGUCGUGGACGUGGAUUUGGUCGUGGACGUGGAAUGAGUCAUGGACGUGGAGCCGACCGUGGACGAGGUCGUGGCAGGUUUGUUUAUUAUCGUCAGGGAUAUUUUGAUGAGCAGGAAUCAAAUAGGCCUAUGAAGCGGCCUCAGAACGAUAUUGGUCAGAGUUCAAAGAAAAACGAUGAUAAGUGUUAUCGUUGCGGAAUGGCAGGGCAUUGGUUCAGAAAUUGUCGUUCCAAUUCUUAUUUUGUUGAGCUGUACCAAAAUUCCCUGAAACAGAAAGACAAAGUGCCUGAAGAAGUUCAAGCACCGGAAAAUGUCAAUCCUCCAGAAAUUAAUUUUUCAGAGAAUGUUGCCAGUGGAAGUGGGGGUGAUAAAUGUAAUGAUAAUACGCAAUUAGAUGUAUCUGAUUUUCUAGUACAACCUGAAGGUGGGUACUAUGAAAAUCCCGGAGAUGCGAUAUAA